UCUGGCUGGCGGAUAAAUGGGUUUCUGCCAAGGAGCUUUGGUGGUCAUGAGAGCUGCUGAGCUGGGCUAGUGAGCGCAUUGUUGUAGGUGUUUCAUCAUUACUAGACUUGCUGGAGGUGGGGUGGGGAUGACCAGAUUCAAUGCGUCGGUUCUGAAAAAAGGACACACACAUACACACACAUACACACACACGCGUAGCUACAUCUGGAUGGUGACAACAUGAGCUGCGACUUCGUGUGACAAUGCAUAACUCUCCUCUUUUCCAAUACCUGCAUGAUCUAGGGCACACAGACUUUGAGGCAUGUCCAACGGCAUCACAGGAGGAGGAAUAUUGCGGACAAGAGGGAGACCUCCCCUCUCCUGACGAAGAUCCACAGAAAACUUCAGGAGGAUGGCUUUGGAGACUGGCUGAGACCCUGUGGAGAUGGAGCCCGAUUCACCAGGCAGCUGCAUCUCAUAAGCUGGAGCAGCAACUGGACUGCGUGUUCGGCCAGUACUCGGUGAGGUGCAUUCUGGACCAGGACGUGCUGCUGCAGGAGGAUGUGGAGCUGAUCGAGCUGUUAGACCCGAGCCUGCUCACCCUCGCCUCCUCGCCCUCUGGCUCACCCAGCCGAGCGAGCACCCUGCCCAGACCAAGCCUCAUUGCCAGGCCCUCCCUAUGGGACAUGGCGGGGCUGGUGGGCCUGGCUGCGGUGCUGCUGGGUCUCUGCUCUGCAUCUGAGGGCCUCUGGUCUCUGGCUGUGGCGCCGUGGGGCCUGGGCCUGCUGGGCUGGGUGGGGCUGAGGGGGAUCACGCUGUGGAGACGGGGCCGCAUGCAGAGGGCCGUCCACGCCAGGGCCACGCAGCUCCAGAGUCUGGUCCACAACAGCAAGACUCUGACCGGCCUGUCUCGCAAAGCCCUGCGUCUGGUGCAGGAGACCGAGGUCAUCUCCAGAGGGUUCACCCUUUUGCUCGACAGGGUGAGUGCGGCCAGCUCCUUUAGCAGGGCGGGGCCGGGGGCGGUGCCACGCGGCCAGCAGCUGAUUGGACUGAGGAAGUCCCUGUACCGGGCGCUCCGAUCAGCCUUCAGAUCCUCCAGGAGAGCCACCUGUCACAUGCUCAAGGCGUUUCCUCUGAACUCUGAGAUUGAUAACGUGACCAACUACGUGUCUGCGGUGCCUCUGAAGGAGCUGGGGCUCGGCCUGGGCAUCGAGCACCUGGGUGAUGAGCAGGCCCAGGAGCUGACGGACGACUACAGCCUGCCCGCCCUGAAGAUGCUGUUCCAGCUGUGGGUGGGACAAAGCUCUGAGUGUUUCCGUCGACUGGCCCUUCUGCUGUCGCCACGCCGAAUAGAGGAGGCAGAAGAGGGUGCACCCAAAGCAGAGACCUCCCCUACUCUGCCUCCUCUGCCCCCGCUCCACCGCUCCAUCGCCGCAGUGACCGAGCCGCUGCAUCACGCUCUGGCCAGCUGCCUCGGCGAAGUGCAGCGCAGCUACGACUUCCACCGGCACUUUGAAACCCAGCCGAGGACGACGGGCUCCGACAGGACCGGACGGGCCAGGGAGAAGUGCCGAGAGCUCAACACCCUGCACACGUCCAUCCGGAGCCUGCAGCUGCACCUCAAGGCCCUGCUCAGCGAGAUGAUCAUCCUGGAGGACGACCUGGAGAAGCUGAUGGUGUCCAAGGAGCUGACGGAGCUGACGUGCGAGGGCUACCAGGACCUCAGCGACCGGCUGCACCAGCUGCACCCGCACAUGCAGGCCAGCACGGGCUGCUGGGAGGACACCAUCAGCCAGGUGGAUCGCAUGCUGAGACGGGCCAACGCCUGUCCGGGUAAUGUAGAGGGUCUGGAGCAGUGUGGGACUCCUGAAUCCGAGAUUCCCGCUCCUCCUCCAACAUACCCCCUGAUCCUGGACAGAGACCCUGUGCCAGAGGAGCUGGAGUGGGAGGCCUACGUGUCCGACUCAGACUCUGACGGCGAAGGCCGAGGGUCCUGGUCCGACAUGUUGUCACCGGAGGAACGGGAACGUCAGCGGCGGGAGAGGGAGGAGUCUCGCCGCGUCCUGUCGGAGCUAAAAGCUGUUCUGGGCUUCCGUGCGUCGGAGGGGGAGAGGAUGAAGAGGAAGCAGCUGCUCUUCAACGACCAAGCUGCCGUGACGCCGUCAGCUCGCGGUGAGAGUUCAGAUCCCACCACCAAACCAUCAGACGCUCCACCUUCACCAGUAGAAAGUGAUGAUGAAGAGGGAAACCACCUAUCAGAGCAGUCUGCAGGAAACGGAGGGGAGGAAGGGGAAGGAAAAGACGGCAGGGUGAGGCCUGAACCCUCCACCGAGCAGGUGAUGGAGUUCAGCUGUGGGCUGGAGGCGGAGGAUGGGGAGUUGGGGGGGAGUUCGGUCUGCAAUAGAGGAGGAGGAGGAGCGUCGGAGCUGCAUCAGUACGACGGGGUCCUGCAGGAGGGGGAGUCCCAGAACGGUCUGGACUGCUUCCUGAAGCCUAAAGCCCCCGCCGUGUCUGUGAUGGACAGACUGACGGAGAUCCACGGCUCGGAGGCUCUCAGCUUCAGCUCCGCCCUCGCCGCGCAGGUGGCGGCACGCUCGCACUCGCUCAUCAACAUGGAGGAGCAGACGUUCGGAGACGAUGGGGAGGAGGACGGAGAGGAGGACGGAGAGGAAGACGGAGAGGAAGACGGAGAGGAGGAGAGCGACAGACGAACCCCUGACAAGGACUGAAAAUAAACCUCCGCUGCUUAAAGCGAGCUCUGAGCAGAGACUGUAUUUAUGUCCGAUGUCCUCCAUCGAUGAGUCUGUGUUACAUCUUAUCUUGUGGAGAUAUUUCAGAUUCACUCUCUUUUACCCAUCCGUCCAUCUUACUGUACAUUACCCACGAUUCUUACUGCUCUCUUGCUGUUAAAACUCAGGUACCAGAACCACUAAAACAAAACCCGACCUACAGUGUUGAGGUCAGAAGACCAGAAUGUCUGCAGUUUACUUGGUGAUAUCCACAUAGUGUAAAGUGUUCACAGUCGCUCGGUCGAUGUGGAAACGAAGAGUGUAAGCAACAAGUGAUUGGCUUCAGACAUAGAAAUAAGAAGAGAAGAAGAGUAACAGUUCAGUCUGAGUGACUGUGAGGAAGUGUUGGUGGUGGAGGAGUGGAGAGGAGAUAGCAGUGGUAAUUCUCUAAAGGUGUGUUCAGACAGAAAGCAAAUAAUUCUGACAGUUUCAGUUUGAUUCAUUCACUCAAAGACCACUUCAGUAUUUAUAUUAUUAUUUUUUGCCCCGGGUUUUGCCUCUCAGGCAACUUACAAGCUGAGGUUGUUGUGGCUGAACAAAAAAUCCACCAACUCAUUUCUCUUAAAAAGACGUUGGAACAAAGAUCAUAAAGUAAAAGAUAUAAAUAUUGAUUGAUUUCAAACGCUCGUCGUUGACAUUUGAAACGACAGUUUGAAUUUUUUGUCAAACAUUUUUUAUAACAUCUAAUAAUAUUUAUCAAACAGUAUCAGGUCUCUAUUAAGGAAAUUACAGUGCAUUAUUUUAUACACUAUAAAACAGCAAAUUAUGUGGCUUUUUUGGUUUACUAACAUUUCGAUGGAGAGCCUGAUAAACAAUUUAAUUUGUUAGAUGAUAUAAAUUUAUAUAAAUGAAGAAAAUGUUUACAUUUACUUACAACUAACUGCUAUAACUUUAAAUGGGUAAAAGUAGCAACAGCACAGUGUAGAAAUACUCUGUUACAAGUUUAAAAAAAAAAGCUUGUUAUGCAGAGUGGCUCAUUUCAGAAGAAUGGAUUCAUGUGUUCAUCACUUUAAUGUUGCAGCUGGUGAAGGUGGGGCUGAUUUUAAUUACUUUAUACACAGCCGGGUAGAUUGAGUCUUAUUUUAUCUUAACUAAAAAUACAUCCUAAUUUAUUUGUUAGUUAUAUUUUGGGUUAUUAAUCUGAAACUGCAAAGCAGCUAAAGUUUUCAAAUUAAUGUAGAGGAGUAAAAAGUACAAUAUUUACAGUGAAGUUGAAGUAUAAAUCAGCCUGAAACUGAAAUACUCAAAAUAAUACUUACAAACACUACUUGAGUAAAUGUACUUAGCUACUUUCCACCACUGUAGUUGGUACUUUGGAUGUUUUGGGUCUAAUAAAUGCAAACGGUUAAAUUCAAGUUAGUGACUCAAGGAGAGAAUUCUCUUUGCUUUCUGUCUGAACGACCUUUACAGCAGAAGGUUGAAGUCAGCCGACCUUAAAUCUUAUAGGCGGACAGAUCUACACACACACAUGAAGUGCAAGAAGAGGAAGUGGAAUUCUAUUUUUAUUCUCUGCGAUUUAUUUCUGUCCCUUCUUCUGCGAUCCGUCUCCGAUUGGACACAAUGGGGGUAACGGUGAAGUGGACAUAUGAACCAACAUACAUUCUCAAUCCCAUUUGCAACGACAUAUUUGGAAUACAGCACUAUUGUAUUUGAGAACAAUUCAUGAAGACUGAAACAAUCCCAACUUUCUCAGCGUCUGUGUUUACAGGGGCGCGCUCAGCGGUGAGGUCAGGAAGCCUUGUUUUUCACACUGAAUUGUGUGGCAUGAAUUUAAUGAACUGUGCUGCUGUGAGGUUUGAAAUCAAAUACCUCUGUGUGUGAGAGUGUGUGUGCGGGUUUGGUGAUAAAAGAAGAGACUGACUUUUCUCUUGUGUGAGGGCAAUCUGUAACUUUAUGUUCCACAUGAAGUUGCCGUAAGAGUCUGACAGCCCUGAUGUAUGCCUCCACCUUCCCGGUCUUUCUUGUCUCCAUGUUUGCCUUGUUCUGACCCCCACCACCCCCCACCCUUGCACCCUCCCCCGGGGUGAGGUCUACCCCCUCCUGCAUUUUCCAACGUGAAAUAAAAUACCAUUCUGGAAGUGUUCAA